AUGAAUCGAACAAAUUCUGGACGUCGUCCUCCACCAGAUCCAAAUUCGAUUGAAGCUAAAUAUUUGUCAACUAGACCAGCAUUAAUUCGUGGUUUAGCUGAAAUUGUUGAACGUCGCCCAAAUGAUCCUAUUGAAUAUUUAGCUACAUUUCUCCAUAAACAAGUUGAAAAUACACGAGCACAAAAAAAAAAAGAAGAAGAAGCAGAACAAUUAGAAAUUGAACAACAACAAGCUGAAGAAGAAAAACAACAUCGUGCUCAACUUAAAAAUGAAAUUCGAACUUUACGUGAACAAGAAGAAAAUGAACGAAAACAACGUGAGGCAGAAGAAAAACGUAAACGAGAUGCAGAAGAAUUAGCUAAACGACAUAAAGAAUUAGCAACCGCACCACCAUCAUUACCUGCUGUACGUGAAGAAGAUGAUGUAUUUGUUGUUGAAUUUGGUGAAACAGAACUUCAUCGACGAGCUGCUGUUCAGAAUGCUAAUCUUUCGGAAUUACUUCAAGAUAAUUAUCAUUCAAUUGCAUCACGUAAUGCUGAAGGAAAAACACCAAGAGAUGUUGCUGUUGAUGCUGGUCUUCAAGAUAAUGUUGAUCAAAUUGAUACUUUUUGUGUUCAAUUACUUCAAAAUGGAAAUACAAAAGCAAUUAAUGAUCUAGUUUUAUGUGGUUAUACAGAAAUACUUAAUCAAUUAAAAACAAUUGAAGAUACUGAUGAAGAUACAAAUGAUUUUAUUAAUAAUGAAGUUCCUCAAUUAUUAGAAAAAAUCAAACAAUUACAUCAAGCAAUUAAAGAUGGAGAUACAGAAACAGUUGAUACAAUGGUAUCUGAUCGUAAAAAUAUUGCACUUUAUCGAGAUGCUGAAGGUUCAUCAUCAUUACAUGAUGCUAUUGAAAAUCGUCAAUAUAAUAUAGCAUUAAAUCUUUUACAAAAAUAUCCAUCAUUAGCACUUAUUAAAGAUAUUCGUGAUCGAACAAGUCUUGAUUUACUUAAUUCAAUUGAUGAAGAUACAAUAACAGAUGAUCAACGUGAUAUAUAUGAUCAACUUAAAGAAACAUUAAUAUCAACAUCAGCAGGUCAACAAAUGGAUUAA